AUGGUGAAGUCUAUUAGUGAAUAUUGUAGAGGCUUAAAACCACCAACUUAUCAUGAAGUGAGGGUGUCAUAUUUGAAGAAAGAAGUUGAUCUUGUCCAUACUAGUUUGGAUAAAUAUAAGUUGGGAUGGAAGAAAACUGGUUGUACAUUGAUCUUUAUUAAAGAUGCUGAAAAAAUGUUUGAAUUACUUGAUGAGAUGGUGAUGGAAAUUGGAGAAGAGAAUGUCGUUCAAGUAGUGACAGAUAGUGCUUCAGCCCUUGUAUCUGCUGGACAAAAGUUGAUGGAUAACAGAAAGCAACUCUUUUGGUCACCCUGUGCAGCCCACUGUCUUGAUUUGAGUUUGGAAGAUAUUGGUGGCAUUACAGUGUUCUAUAAUACCAUUUGGAAAGCAAAAAAAAUUACAACUUUCAUUUAUAGGCACACAUGGGUGUUGAAUUUGUAUAGAACCUUUUCCAAAGGUAGAGAGUUAGCUAGGCCUGCAAUAACAAGGUUUGCUACAUCAUAUUUGACAAUGCAGUCAAUUUUGAAACAAAAGACUGCAGUUCGAUCUAUGUUUACAUCUGAAAAAUGGGUUAAUAGUGCUUAUUGCUCUAGGCCGGAAGCCAAAUUUGCAGAAAAUGUUGUUUUGGCUGAUAAAAGGUUUUGGAAAUCAAUACAUUAUUGCUUGAAAAUUGUGUCUCCUCUUGUGAAAGUUCUUAGACUUGUGGAUGGUGAUUCAAAACCUGCAAUGGGAUACAUUUAUAAGGCUAUGGAUAGAUCAAAGGAAGAAAUAGCAAAGAGUUUUAAUCAUGAGGAAAAGAGAUAUAAGGAUGUAUGGGAAAUCAUUGACAAGCGUUGGGAUUUACAACUUCAUAGGCCUCUUCAUGCAGCCGCCUAUUUUCUUAAUCCAAAGUUUCACUAUGACACAAAGUUCAACCCAGAUCGUGAGGUUAAAACUGGCUUGUGGAAGACAUUGGAGAAGAUGUGUCCUGAUAUUGAAACAAGGAUCACAAUUGAUUCCCAAAUUGAGAAAUUUGACAGGGCUGAAGGACUCUUUGGAAAUAGUUUAGCAAUUGCAACUAGAGCUAGGAAGCAACCUGCUUUAUGGUGGAAUAGUGUUGGAGACGACUGCAAAGAGCUGCAAACAAUAGUUAUUCGUAUCCUAAGCCUCACUUGCAGUGCUACAGGGUGCGAGAGAAAUUAG